AUGGAUUCGACAGCUGCGGUACACCUCCUUUCCACCACCUCACCGUCAAACCACCAACACGCGAGCCUCGUUCUUGCGUUCCGGGAACUGCAGCAGAGAGACUGGGAAAUCCGUAUCACUCAUAUUUACAGAGAGGCAAACUUCCUAGCUGAUAGCCUUGCUCAUCGCGGCCAUAUUCUUCCUAUUGGUUCGCAUGUUAUCUGUCCUUCCGAUCCGGAAAUUGCCCGUUUACGUAUGUUUGACAAUGUUGGUGGUUUCACCGUUCGUUUCCUUAAUGAGUAA